UAAUAAUUGAAAAGCAAUGUUGGGGAAAAAGAGGAAAAGAUAGCUUCAUGGAUUACAAUUUUUUUUUUAAUAUGAUAUGAUUAAUAAGUUUUCAACAACUUCGGUACUUUAUGUCGUCAAUAAAUUCCAUUUUUCCUAGCCUCUUUCUCAUUGGCAAUACUGAAAUUGCAUAUAAAUCCAAAAUGCAACCAGUCAAGUGUUUAUAAACAAGUAUAGUAGAGUUGCCCUAGGUGAAGGACGUGUUGUGUUGCAUUAUGGUCUUUGAUUGAGAAAAAUUAAACCACAGAAUCCCAAUGCUUGCUGUCUAAAUCCUUUCACCGCUAUAUGUUUGGAUUCUGGUAACUGAUUUUAUUAACCCGGAUCCCUCUCACAGUAUAUGAUGGAGAUGAAACAUUUAAUAGAGUUUGAGAAUUUAUUUCAUAUAUCAUGGCGAAGGCUUUACCUGUGAGUGGUGAGAACUGCACCGGUGUAAACGUCGUCGGUGAUAGUAGUGGUGAGAAGCUGCAGGCUACUACAAGCAAGGAACUUUUUCACUGUGAAAACGGAAAAAUGGUUAGGAAGAGAGCGGCGUCUGACAUGGAGAUCCAGACCGGCGCCGGUGAAGAGCAUAGAUAUCUACGCCGGCCUGCUAUAAUAGGCGGGUCUCACUCUCAGGUUGGUGAUUUAAGGGUUUGUGGCAAUAGUAAUUUUGGUCAUGGUAUGAACAGUAAUACGACGACGACCCAGGUUUCUAACUACUCCACUAUGCAAAUGUUACCUUCUUCCACGAACUUGUGCGGUGUGACGUCAAGAGGAGGGCCUGGGAUUGAUACUGGAUUUUCUAAUUCAACCCCAAACCUAACUUACACAGACGCCAUAACAUCGCAUCAUCAGCCACAACAAGGUACUCAAACCCAGAACAACAACAGCAACAAUCAAUCUCCAUCUGUUUGUGUUUUCUCCGGUUUGCCCCUUUUUCCUCCGGAUAGAAACCGACAAAACAGCGGUUUACUACUGCAGCAACCUCCUGCUGCUGCAGCAGCUGUUGUAUCUUCACCUCUUACAACUGGAAGAAUCGAUUCCAUGGAGGAUAGCACGUCGGCAACGGCAUGGAUUGACAGUAUUAUAAAGGAUUUAAUCAACAGCUCCGCUCAAGUAUCGGUGCCCCAACUCAUACAGAAUGUAAGGGAGAUAAUCCACCCUUGCAAUCCGUAUCUCGCAUCCCUGCUGGAGUACCGGCUUUGCUCUCUCACUAGUAACAAUAAUGGUGGUGCUGAUCAAAAUGACCCCAUGGAGUGCUGGAGGAGAAAAGAAUCGCUGCCGCCACAGCUCGCUGGUUUACAACAGUCCCAAAAUAAUGCCAAUUUAUUGCAGCACAAUAUUUUAUCCCUUCCUGAUUCCUCAAAUAAUCAAUACUUAAACUGGGAAAUAUCCAACGCUCCGGUGGCGCCUUCUCUGAACCAGCACCAGCAGCUUGGCGGCAAUAAUCCUACUGCAACAGAUCUUUCAUUUGUUACACUUUCUCCUCAAGUGCAGCAACAGCAACAACAAGAAUCUCCUCAUUCUCGUUCUCAUUCUCAGCAACAGGCAGCAGUAGACUUAGAGCAACAACAGAAGCAGCAGCAAUCUUCUAAUUCUCUAUCUCCAACGUCGGUAGCUGACAAUAGUGCCAAAACAAAAACUUCAACACCAGCUCCACCAGUCCCGAUCACCACAUACCGAGAAAAAAAGGAAGAAGAGCGACAACAGAAGAGGGAUGAAGAAGGAUUACACCUUCUGACCUUGCUAUUGCAAUGUGCAGAAGCCGUAUCCGCUGAUAAUUUAGAAGAGGCAAAUAAAAUGCUAUUGGAAGUAUCCGAACUCUCCACACCGUUUGGCACAUCUGCACAGCGUGUUGCUGCAUAUUUCUCAGAGGCCAUGUCAGCAAGGCUGUUGAAUUCAUGCUUAGGAAUAUAUGCAGCCCUACCAAUGACCAGCGUCCCCAUGCUUUACACACAGAAAAUGGCAUCCGCUUUCCAGGUGUUUAACGGAAUCAGCCCCUUCAUUAAAUUCUCACAUUUCACCGCCAAUCAAGCUAUACAAGAAGCUUUUGAGAGAGAAGACCGGGUACACAUAAUCGACCUUGAUAUAAUGCAAGGUCUUCAAUGGCCUGGUCUUUUCCACAUCUUGGCUUCUAGGCCUGGUGGACCUCCUUUUGUUCGGCUCACCGGGCUUGGAACAUCCAUGGAUGCUCUUGAAGCAACCGGCAAACGACUAUCCGAUUUUGCUGAGAGAUUAGGCCUUCCUUUCGAGUUUUUACCAGUUGCUGAUAAAGUUGGAAACUUAGACCCUGAGAAAUUGAAUGUGAGCAAGAGAGAAGCUGUAGCGGUUCAUUGGUUGCAACAUUCCCUUUACGAUGUUACUGGCAGCGACUCUAAUACACUCUCCCUCUUGCAAAGGUUGGCUCCGAAGGUGGUGACGGUUGUGGAGCAGGAUCUGAGCCACGCGGGUUCAUUCCUAGGGAGGUUUGUAGAGGCAAUACAUUACUACUCAGCUCUAUUUGACUCACUGGGCGCGUGCUACGGGGAGGAGAGUGAAGAAAGGCAUGUGGUGGAGCAACAACUAUUGUCUAAGGAGAUACGUAAUGUACUAGCCGUAGGAGGUCCAUCAAGGAGCGGGGACGCGAAAUUCAACAACUGGAGAGAGAAGCUUCAACAGUCUGGAUUUAGAUGCUUGUCUCUUGCAGGUAAUGCUGCUGCACAAGCUACUCUUUUACUCGGAAUGUUCCCGUCUCAUGGAUACACUUUGGUUGAGGAUAAUGGAACUCUUAAGCUUGGAUGGAAAGAUCUUUGCUUGUUUACUGCUUCUGCAUGGAGGCCUAAUUCAUUGCAUGCUGCACCAGGUUCUCGUCACUUCUCUCGUCCUAAUAUGGAUUAGAAGGUCUGUAUGCAGUCAAGUCAGUAAAUUUUGAAUAUUGAAUGAUUAAAAAAAAUGGAAUGCGCGGUCCGAAAAUGCGUCUGAUAUCUUUCUUCCCUUCAUUUGGUAAUGUUGUUUACACGAUCAUCUUUUCUUGUCAUGUAUGUAUACAUCGCAAAGGUGGUUUUGUUAACUCCCUUUUCUUUAGCUAGUCAUUUAUUUUUGUU